GAUCAGGUUACACCUGUGGUUAGCUUCCCUUGGAGACGGCAGGGUUGCUUUGUUAACGCUCGCAGAUCACGCUUAUCAUAGAAAGAAGGCAAUAAUAUGAAUUUUUCAUGCUUCUAGCCCGUUGCUGCUAUCAUCUGCCGCAUCUCUGACAUUUUUCCCUCCAGUGAGAUGAGUUGGUCAUUUUUGCGAGACGUAUUGAGUGGUGUCAAUAAAUACUCCACCGGCAUUGGUAGGAUAUGGCUCUCGGUUGUAUUCAUCUUCCGUCUACUAGUAUACGUGGUAGCAGCAGAAAACGUAUGGAAAGAUGAACAGAAAGAGUUUGAGUGCAACAUCAGACAGCCAGGAUGCGAGAAUGUCUGCUUCGACCACUUCUUUCCGAUAUCACAAGUCAGGCUAUGGGCCUUACAGCUAAUUAUGGUGUCCACCCCCUCGUUGCUUGUUGUGCUACAUGUGGCAUAUCGAGAGAGCAGGGAGAAGAGGCAUAACAAGAAACUGUAUGAAAAUCCUGGCAAAAUGGACGGAGGACUGUGGUGCACAUAUGUCAUUAGCCUGAUCUUUAAAACCGUGUUUGAAUUUGGCUUUCUUAUGCUCUUUUACAAGUUAUACGAUGGUUUCAAUGUUCCACGACUGGUGAAGUGUGAUAUGGACCCUUGCCCUAAUCUAGUAGAUUGCUAUAUCUCCAAGCCCACAGAGAAGAGGAUCUUCCUAUACUUUGUGGUGAUCACUUCAGCACUUUGCAUUCUGCUCAACCUCAGUGAGUUUAUAUAUCUUAUUUCCAAGUAUUUCUCCAGGUGCUGUCUUAAAAGGUAUGUAAAAAGACUGAAGCCUGCAAAAUGCGAAUGCCAGAACAAUCAUCAUAUCAAACGCGAAACAGAGAUUUCAACUCCCCUACAACAAGCUCCCAGCGACACUCCACAAUAAGAACCACAUAAUAAGAAUAAUGACUUAUUUAAGUGCUAUUUGAAGGUCAAAUUUUCAAAUUAUAUAGUAUAUUUAACCAUUUAUGCUUUAAAAGUAUGUUUUAUUUCUUUAAAUAAACUGUUAGAAAAUGGCAGUGAAAUACUUAUUGUCAUGCAGAAAUUAAAAGGAUUUGCCUAGAUAUCCUUCGGCUUGCUUGCACAGCCCUGAAAUAUGAUGUUUUUGUGUGUUUUAUAAUACUUUAUUCUGUGCUCUUUCUUGUAUAACUGGGAUUC